GAGAGACAGAAAACUGUUACACUCCUGUGAUCUGCAUCUCCAGGUCUUCCCUUGCCAGUUACUCCUACCAUGGCCUCUUAUAGCUUCCGUCAGACCAGCAGCUCAGGCUCUUCCAGAGGGCUGGGGAGCGGUUUAGGUGGUGGGUCAGGUAGACUUUCUUUCAAAGCCCCAAGCGUCCAUGGUGGGUACGGGGGACAUGGCGUCUCUGUGUCCUCUGCUCGCUUUGUCUCCUCUGGGUUCGGUGGUGGCCUUGGUGGUGGGAGUAGCUAUGGCAGCAGUUACGGGUCAGGCGGUGGAUAUGGUGGAGGAUACAGCGUUAAUGUGAGCGGGGAUGCCCUGAUGUCUGGAAAUGAGAAGGAGACCAUGCAGAACCUCAAUGACCGCCUGGCCUCGUACCUGGACAAGGUGCGCUCGUUGGAGGCGGCAAACUCAGAGCUGGAGGUGAAGAUCCGGGAGUGGUACGAGAAGCAGGGACCCAGCCCUACACGCGAUUACAGCCACUAUUUCAAGGCCAUCGAGGAUCUCAGAGACAAGAUCUUGGCCGCCACCAUCGACAAUUCCAAGAUCGUCCUGCAAGUGGAUAACGCAAGACUGGCCGCCGAUGACUUCCGAACCAAGUUUGAGAACGAGCUUGCUCUUCGCCAGAGUGUGGAAGCUGACAUCAAUGGCCUCCGCAAAGUGCUGGACGAGCUGACCCUGUCUAGAACUGACUUGGAGCUCCAGAUUGAGAACUUGAAGGAGGAACUGGCUUACCUGAAGAAGAACCAUGAAGAGGAAGUGAAUGCCAUGCGUGGACAAGUUGGCGGACAAGUUAGCGUUGAAGUAGAUGCUGCUCCGGCUGUGGAUCUGUCUAGGAUUUUGGCCGAGAUGAGAGAUCAGUACGAAGUCAUGGCUGAGAAGAACCGCAAAGAUGCAGAAGCUUGGUUCUUCACCAAGACCGAGGAGCUGAACAAGGAAGUUGCAUCACACACAGAAGUGAUACAGACAAGCAAGACUGAAAUCACAGACUUAAGACGUACACUCCAGGGGCUGGAGAUUGAACUCCAAUCUCAGCUCAGCAUGAAAGCGUCACUAGAAGGUACACUGUCGGAGACGGAAGGACGGUAUGGUGCACAGUUGGCACAGAUACAACAUUUAAUAGGCAGCCUGGAAUCACAGCUUGGAGACCUCCGCUCUGACAUGGAAAGACAGAACCACGAAUACAAAGUGCUAAUGGACAUAAAGACACGUUUAGAAAAAGAAAUCGCCACUUAUCGACAGCUUCUGGAAGGACACGAUUCUCAAAUCACUGGAGGAUCGCCGAAAGAAGUUGUUAAAACCGGGGCGAAAUAAGACUUCCCCAGAAAUCAGCCGACUAGAAAUGCCCGCUUUAUCGAUCAUGAAAAGGCCAGGACGCUGGAAUCUUUCUUCUGCCGUUGGCUGCUGCAGGGCAAUUCUUCCACCAAGAUGUCUUUAGGUGGUGAUGCUUUGGGAGUUUGCUUCUGUAGACUGCAUUUAUACCUUUUGCUUCAGCUGUCUAAUAAAAUAGUAUCUUUUGGGUCAUGCAUAAAA